AUGUAUCUUUUGCCAUAUAGAAUGGGUUUAUGCCGUGUACCACUGCGAAACAUUCAGUCGUUGAAAUUGAUGCAGACAAGCGCACAAAGUAAGUCAGCUGCGAAAACGCCUAUUCAAAUUUGGGGUUGGAAUUAUCUGAUGAGACAAAGAGCGCUAAAGCGCCCAAUCAGCCCGCAUCUUCAAGUAUAUAAACCGCAGCUAACCUGGAUGGUUUCUGGCUUUCAUCGUAUGACUGGUUGCGCAAUGGCAGGUACUCUGUUGAUUGGAGGAGUUGGCUUUGCAUUACUUCCAUUAAACUUCACGAUAUUCAUUGAAUUUAUUCGUGGAUUGGGAUUACCAUGGAUUAUAACAGAUGCUUUUAAAUUUAUUAUUGCUUAUCCGAUUGUGUUCCAUACUCUUAAUGGCAUAAGAUUUAUUGCAUUUGAUUGUGCUUUAGGAACUGAUAUUGCAUCGAAAAUGACUAUUGUUGAUGAUCAACAUAUAGUAUCGCCGAAUUGUUCCACUGGCUCAGAUCAUGCAGUUUUAUCAAAUGAAACAAUGGUCCGCAAAAGUGACAUUACAGUUGAACCGCUUUGUGAUUUUGAGUUGGAGAAAUAUUCUGUGCGGGGUUUUGUUGUUGACUAUAUAAAUUACCGAUUAGCGGAAGAAGGUUUGGAAUGGUAUGAGCGACCAGAAAUAGCUGAACAUGAUCUCCCAGAAUAUGAAGCCAUGAGGUUUUUAGCAAAACUAUUUGAAAAAAAUCAUAAAAGAGAAUUAGAAAAGAUGGUCUUCGAAUUAAUUGGAGAUGACCAAUAUAUAUUUCAAGCUCGUUAUAUCGAGCUUGUUAAAAAUUUUUGCCUGGUUGGUCCAGAAAAUAAGAUGACUUACGCUCGUUUAAUUGCUCUAAUCGCAUUUUGCGGCCUGUUUGCAGUUCAUAUGGCGCAAAAUAAUUGUCGUGAUGCAAUCUCUUCCAUCGCUUUAUAUACAUGGAAAUAUUUACAGCACCGAAUUCAUAUGACUUGGUAUCAAGAUGGAAAGUCUUGGGUAAAGAUUCCUUUUCUGCAAAUGAUUAUUCAUAUAUAA